AUGGCUCAUAUCUUCCUUCCUAUCCUUUUGUUCUCUUCCAUUAUCUCUACGAAUAUUCAUGCAUGCAACCAAAUUGAGCGCAACUCUCUCCUGUCCUUCACCCUCACUCUAUCUUCUUCUCCCUCAAACUGGACUUCAUCAGUUAACUGUUGUCAAUGGAAAGGCAUCACUUGUAAUCAGGAUGGUUGGGUCACCCAUUUGCUCUUACCCUCGAAAGAGCUCAAAGGAGGUAUUUUUCCUUCAUCAUCAUCACUUGGAAAUCUCACACAUCUCACCCACUUGAAUCUCUCUCACAAUUCACUUUGUGGAUCACUAACUGAAUUGUUUUUGUCCUUGAAUCGUCUUGAGAUCCUUGAUUUGAGCUAUAAUCUUCUUUCUGGAGAGCUACCACUUUAUCUACCGUCUAGCAAUAUCCAGAAACUGGAUUUAUCAAGCAAUCACUUUCAUGGAGCAAUUCCAUCUUCAUUUUUCCAAAAAGCUUGGAGUUUGACUAGUUUCAAUGUCAGCAACAAUACCUUGUCAGGGUCUAUCCCAUCCUCUAUUUGUCUCCAAUCUUCUCACUUGAUUAAGGUAUUGGAUUUUUCGUCCAAUGAAUUCAGCGGUAACAUUUCUGGUCGGCUCAGAGAGUGUUCUGAACUGCAAAAUUUUCGUGCUGGUAACAAUAAUCUCUCAGGUUUACUUCCAAAAGAUAUCUAUAAUGCUACAAAACUUGAAGAAAUUUCAUUACCUUCUAUUUCACUAUAUGGAGCCAUUAGUGAUAGAAUUGCCAACCUCACCAACCUCAAAAUCCUUGACCUCUCCUUUAAUCAAUUGAGUGGCGUGCUCCCUCACCAUUUUGGGAAGCUCUCCAAGUUGAAACUCAUAGCUCUUGAUUACAACAAUCUAGAAGGUUCUUUGCCUCUGUCUUUGAUGAAUUGCACAAACCUUAUAGAAAUGCAUAUGGCAGCCAACAACUUGGAAGGAGAUAUCUCCACUCUUAAUUUCUCCAAACUUAGUCAACUUAGUAAGCUUGACCUACUUAGGAAUCAGUUCAUCGGUACCUUGCCAAUAAGCCUUUACUCAUGCCGGUCCCUAAAAGCAAUUCGAUUGAGUGCAAAUCAAAUAGAAGGACAGAUACAACCUGAGAUUCUUUCAUUGAAAUCCUUGUCCUUACUCUCGCUUGGCGGCUUAACCAAUGUCACUGGGGCAAUGAAGAUAUUAAUGCGUUGCAAGAGUCUUCAAACACUCCUCCUCUCGUAUUCAUUUAAAGGCGAGGAAAUGCCAGCUGAUGGUGGCAUGGUUGAUUUUGAUGGAUUCCAAAAUCUUCGAUUUCUGAGUUUGUAUUAUUGUGAGUUCACUGGUCAAAUGCCUCUUUGGUUAUCCAAACUCAAGAAUCUAGAGAUCUUGAUUCUGAAAGGUAGUCGAAUUACAGGGCCAAUUCCUAGUUCUUUGGGAACUCUUCCAAAACUCUUUUGCAUAAGCUUGGCUGACAACCUAAUUUCAGGUGAAUUUCCAAAAGAACUUUGUGGACUGCCAAGGUUGGUGCAUGAACCUACUGCAGCUCCAGUAGUAGACGAUUAUCUUGAAUUGCCUAUCUUCACUGCUGCAGACCAAAAUCCAAUUUUUUACCCUCACAGGUUGUCUAACUUCGCACCAACAAUAGACCUAUCUCUCAAUCACAUUAAUGGCAGAAUACCUUCUGAGAUCGGCCAAAUGCGUCUUCUCCACAAUUUGGAUCUUAGCAUCAACAACUUCUCCGGCAACAUUCCAGACGAAAUAUCUAACCUAAAAAAUUUAGAGAAUUUGAGCCUCUCUAUAAAUCAUUUGUCUGGACAAAUCCCGUCGUCAUUGGCCAGCCUCAGUUUCUUAAAAUCUUUUAAUGUCUCAUACAAUGAUCUCGAAGGACCAAUCCCAACAAGCACUCAGCUCCAAACUUUGAAUGCUUCUGAAUUUAAGGGGAACCCAAAACUUUGUGGUUCUCCACUUCCAAAUGAGUGUCUAAACAAGAGCAUCGACAUAGAUAAUAAGAACUAUCUAGUUUUGGACAAUGAGCAUCAAAUUCCAUGGUUUUAUAUUUUUGUCGUGCUAGGUUUCAUUGUAGGAUUUUGGGGAGUCUGUGGUUCUUUAAUUAUUAAGAAGACAUGGAGAUACGCGUAUUUUCAAUUUGUAGACAAUAUACAAGAUAGGCUCUAUGUGAUGAUGACAGUGCACAUGAGAAGAAGGCUUAGAGGCUAG